CUCUCAUCAUAAAGGAAGCCUCUUUUUAGCUGACGCAAUAUUAGUGAGGUGACUGAUCAAGAAGUCUCAACAAACAUAGAGCAUGUCAGAGACUAGUGCCGACCUUAUGCUCGAUAUUGAUAAAAAGCUUGAUGAGUUACCUCCUAUACCAUCUGAACGUUGCAUCUUUAGAGUACAUGAUCUACUACGCAACGAAAAUGAAAAAGCUUAUGAACCAAGCGUAGUUGCUAUUGGUCCUUAUCACCAUGGUAAGGAUAAUCUGCAACCAAUGGAAGAGCACAAAUUACGCUACUUGCAACAGCUUCUUCAACGAAGAAAUGAAACCAGUGUGGAAAGAUACAUCGCGGCGAUGCAAGAAUCUGAACAAAGAGCACGCAAGUUUUAUGCAGAACCCAUUAGCCUUGAUUCAAAUGCGUUUGUUAAAAUGAUGGUUCUUGACAGUUGCUUCAUCGUUGAGUUGCUUCGCAAGUAUGCGUUGAAAUCCCCACAGACCCGAACGACUGCAUUUUUCUGCUUGACCAUAUUGGAUUUGGCACACGCCGUGAUUUAAUGUUAUUUGAAAAUCAACUUCCGUUCUUUAUCGUCAUGCAGUUGUUCAACAUGACCAAAAAUUCUAGUGACUCACUAGACAACCUCGUUGGCAUGUUUGUUAGCUUUUUUGAUCCGAUACCACCAGGUAAACUUUUACAAGCUCCUGAUGAAAAUCCAAGAGAAGAUGACAUCGAACAUCUUCUAGGCCUGUUGCAUUAUUGUUGUUGCAGUGAAUUUCAUUCAAUGGUACCCCAAAGAAAUACUGUUGGAAGAAAAGGUGAGUCCCUAAAAUCUGCAAAAGAGCUCCAAGAAGCCGGGAUCAAAUUCAAGAAGAUUGAGGGACGGAAUAUGUUCAACAUAAGGUUUGUAAAUCGGACAAUGGAAAUCCCAACUUUAAAAAUUGAGGACGAUACAGAGUGUUUUUUCAGAAAUUUAAUUGCAUAUGAGCAAUACUAUCCAGAUACUUCAUGGCAUCAUUUCACUGCUUAUCACAAGUUUAUGGAUUGCCUCGUGAACACCUCAAAAGAUGUCGAAAUACUUAUUCACUGUGGAAUUAUUCGUAGCUUUUUAGGUGAAAAUGAAGUGGUUGCUACUAUGUUAAACAAGCUCGGCAACAAUAUCAUAAUAUCUGACCUAGGUUACGAAGAAGUUUAUAACAAGGUGAAUGAGCAUUGCAGGGGGAAAUGGAACACACAGUUUGCGACCUUAAGACGGGAUUAUUUCAACACCCCAUGGGCAUUCAUCUCGUUUCUUGCUGCUGUUGUGUUGCUUUUGCUCACUGUGUUACAAACCAUAUUUAGUAUUCAUCCUGUGGGAAAAUAUAACUAGAUAUCUCUGCUUCAAGUCUUGUUUUGUUUCUUGUUAUGCCGCUAAAUAAAAGAAGCUAGACUAUGUGAGGGAGGUAGGUUGGUUGGUUUUGUUACUCACUCUUGUUUUGGCUCCGCGAUUCUUUGUUGAAGAAUGGGAGCCUUGUGUGAUGGUUUCUCUUCAAUAAUAUCUCUUUCUACUGUUCAACAU